GGGAAUGCGCGUAAGCUCACCCAGAUUCAUCCCCCACCCAUCCGCCCACGUCUGCAUGCGAGACGGUUGCACCGCAGCUGCAAGGUUACCGAGAGUUCAGAAAACACUUUUAAUCGAGUUCUACCGGACCUCAGCCGUCACGGUCAUUUGAGCACUCUAUCUGUCCCAGAGUUGUUAGGAGGUCAGCAGCCAUGCAUGUGAAACUUUUGCUGAACUUGGUGUGCAUGGUGUUUUUGGGUAUUUUUAAUGUUGCGACCCCGUGUCUAAUAAUCAGUGAGGUAAACUGUGACAGUCCCAAACUUGACACUCAUGAAUUUGUGGAGUUGUACAAUGAUGGCUCGAAUCCUGCUUCUCUGGAUGGCUACACUCUCGUGUUCUACAAUGGCAAUGGAGACUUAGCCUACCGUGUCAUCAAUCUAACUGGACACCAGACGGACCAGCAAGGCUACUUCUUAGUUGGAUCUUCUGAACUGAAUCCCCGUCCCGCAAUCGUUCUCCUUCCCAACUCUGUUCAGAAUGGACCUGAUGCCAUUGCGCUCUACGGGCCCAAUUGGACACCAGUUCCAGUUGGGGGGCAUGUUUCCAGAGUUGGUUUGUUAGACGCAGUGGUGUACACUUCUCGUAAAUCUGCAGAAGGUGCUGAUGGUCUUGCUUCAGUUCUGACUCCAGGUUCAGUUCCGUACGUGGAGGAUGAGCAGGCUUUUGAAGGGGACGAGUCGAUUCAACGCUGCUGGCAGUCUGAAAACCUCUGGACGUUCCACACGGGCCCACCCACUCCUGGAUGGAUCAAUCACUGCCCACUGCCGACCCCUAGCCAUGUUUGGAUCAAUGAAGUGGAUCUCGGUGGGCCGGAUCAAAAGGGCCUUGUGGAACUCGAUUUUGGCAUGGUAAACAGAUCAUUUUCUGUUGUUCUUUAUGAUAUCACCACAGAUCUGAUCAGCUCAAGUGUGGAGUUCACUGCAACACAGGCCGGAAUCGUUACGCUAUCUUUGGACACUGCCGUUUUGUCAGUGUCACAAAGUGUGGCUUUGGCAGUGUAUAAAGGUCCUGCAUCAGAGUUCCCCAAGGGCAGCCCCCUCAGCAACCAGCAGCCAAUCGAUGCCUUUGUUUAUAGUGAUUCAGUGCACAUGCCCAGCGAUAACCUCACAGAGACGCUCAUACCUGGGAGAAAACCAUUCAUACUCACAGAGAGUUUUCACACAGUAGGUGUUUAUGCCAGUCGCUGCAGUGUUGCUGAAUGGACGAGAGAUCCGGGAAUGUUUGUAAUGAGGCCGCGAAGUCCCGGAAAAUCCAAUGACUGCACUUGGUUUCAGUCCUGUCCACGUAACAUCACCUCUUACACAUCACCGACAGGACGGCUCCAGCCCCCCUUUCAUAGCAAUAAUGAUUUCCUGCUUAGCGAGAUCAACUCCGAUUCACAAGGAGCAGCAGAAGACGAGGAGUUCAUCGAGUUGUGGCAUCCAUCUGGCUUCCGUAUGUCCCUCGACUUCAUCUGGCUGGUGUUGAUCAAUGGACAGACUGGAGAAAUUUACUUUGAACUGGAGCUCAAUGGAUACUACACUGACGAUAACGGAUACUUCCUGAUUGGCAGUGCUAAGCUAGCUGCAGACAUUACCAUCAAAGUCAACACUGUACAGAAUGGACCAGACGCCAUAGCGUUAUAUCGGAGCGAGUCUCCACCCUCUAAGGGGAGUCAGAGUAUUCCUACUGAUGGUUUGCUUGAUGCAGUGGUUUACCGUUCUCGUGGAUCUGACAAAAAGGCUUCGGAGCUAACGGAAGUGCUGACACCUGGACAGCUCCCCCUGCUGGAGGAUAUCAACGCGUUUCCCGGUGAUGAGACGCUCACCCGAUGUGGAGCUGACAGACUCAACCUCAAUGCUUACAGGGUCGCUUCUCCAACACCAAGGAAAAGGAAUGACUGCCCAGCCACACCCACUAUAGCCACACCCCCAGAGGGUGUCAUCUUAAAUGAGUUUGGUGUGGACGACUCAUGGGAUCCUUUUGUGGAGCUGUCUGGUCCACCGUUGACUUCAUUGCUUGGAAUUAUUUUGGUAUUUUUUGUGGAUAAAGCUACAACAAUAAACUACCCGCUAACUGGCACCAUAGGAAGUGAUGGGUUAUAUCUUCUUAAGAAUGACUCUAGUGCAGAUCAGGGUUUGCUAGCGCUUAAUAAGUUCAGCGCAGUGGUUUUGUGUUUUGAGCCGUCAGGAUCUACCGUUUGCGGGACUGACUCACGUCAUUUGGACCGGCUCAUCUUGUCCAAUGAAACAUGGUUACCGAGGAUUCUCCUUUACAGCACAUCAGACAACAAAUUACCAGAAUUGAGAUACCCAGUGCCAGGUUUGGAUUCUACAACUCGUUGCACGUCAGAUGGGCCUACACAGUGGAUUUAUUCCCAAAGGACUCCUCGUCUACAGAACCUCUGUCCCAGUCCUGCACGUUCCAUCUCUGUGGACCUGUGCCUGCAGACAGAAAAUAAUGAUUGGCAGGGAAAAUCAGGAAGAUGUGACAAGGAGGGAUUUGCUGAUUUACUAGAACAGUUUUGUAAAUGCGGCAUCACAAGCUUACAUCUUAAGGGUGUGAAUGUGUCCUGUUUACCGCAGAGAGUGCAUGCCGUGGGGUUUGUCUUUGCUGCAUUUGAUGAGCAGAUGGUGAGUCUCACUGCAAGACUGAAUGACAACAAACUGUUGUGUCCAGUGGUACAAGAACGACAGGUUCAAGGAGCAGGGGCAUCUGUUGGCCUGCAGGUGGGGCUUGUGCUUACAGCGAUUCUGUUGUUUGCAUUGGGUGCUGCAUUAUUUGUUUACCUGUACAAAAAAAGGCGGCCUGCUGACUACCUCUCAAUGCAGCUCAACGAACAGGCCGAGACGCCACUUCAACUUUAGUGUGUUUGCAUGAGUGUGCAUGUGAGUUUGUGUGUGGGUGAAUGCUUGCAGAAUCAUACGUCUGUGUAUUUUUAAGAGUAGUGUUUUUAACUACUUGUCCUUGAAAUGCAAGCAAACAGAUUUACACAGAUUUCAAGUUUUUUCAAAGCCAUAUUUUUGAACCUGCUAUAUUAACACCCCAAUGAUUUUCAUUUGUUUAACGUUGUUUAACUUGUUGAAUGUUUAAACUGAAGUUCUAAAGAACAUUCUUUUAUUAAAUCCAUUCAAAGUGUGUAAUGUUUGUGCCACUAGCUUCACCAAACAGAAAUGCUAAAAUAAUCGCUGUUUUCAACCUCUACCAUCCUGAGUUGACUCCACAUAUUUAGCUGGGGUACGAGAAAUCUUUUAAAAUAGAAACAAAUUACACAUCAUAUUUUUGUACAAUUUCUAAUAUUAAUUGAAAAUACCACCCUCGUGCCAUCCCAGAUGUGUAUGACUUUUUUUUUAUUCUGCUGAACUCAAAUGAAGAUUUUUAGAAGAAUAUCUCAGCUCUGUAAGUCCAUAUAAUGCAAGUGAAUAGUGACCAGAAGUCUGAAGAUCCAAUGUAGACAUAAAGGCAUCAUAAAAAUAAUCCAUGAAUUAAUCCAUCCAUUUAAAUCCAUGUCUUCUGAAGCUAUAUGAUAGGUGUGGGUGAGAAACAGGUUCAUAUUUAAGUCUUUUUAUUAUAAAUCUACACUUUCACUUUCAGCCACCUGCUGGAUGGGGCUGGUCAAAGAUGGAGAUUGAUAGUAAAAAGGACAUAAAUAUUGAUAUUUUUCUCACCCACACUCAUCAUAUUGCUUCAGAAAAUAUGGAUCUAACCACUGAAAUCAUAUGGAUUGUUUUAUCUGCCUUUAUGUCUAAUUUGGACCUUCAAAGUUCUGGUCACCAUUCACUUGCAUUGUAUGGUCCUACAGAGCUGAGAUAUUCAACAAAUAAUCUUAAUUUGUGUUCAGCAGAAUAAAGUCAAACCCAUCCGGGAUGGCAUGGGGGUGAGUAAAUGAUCAGAAAAUGUAAAUUUUUUUGGUGAACUAUCAAUUCAAUUUUCUGUAUAGUGAUAUAAAGAAGCAUUGUCAUUGUUGUGGGACAUUUGCUCCUUGGCAUUUGUGCUAUUGUUUGCAGCCGAUUGUUCAUUUAAAAGAGAAACAGAUGAUUGUAGGGAAUUUUUCACAUUUACUCAGCUGUAAUCAAUAAAGUGAUUUGUGUGUU